UUAAUUCACAUCCAUUCAUCAUAAAUACAUGAUUACGCAAAACACGUGUCUACAUGACGAUAGAGGUUUCUAUAAUUUUACUUUUAAAAGCUCUUAAAUUUCACAUAAUAUCAACAUUUAGUUCAUGUCAUAGUUUCUCAACUGAAACACAAGAUUUUACUUUACUUUCCUCUUUAUUAUAUUAAAAACUUAACAGAGCCCUCACUCAUUUUUAUUCUCUCAAAAUUAAUUUCUGAAUUGCCGAAGGAAGAUUUUAUUUUCUUAAAAACUGGCUAAGAAAAGCAAGAACUUUCUCGGCCGGUUCCAAUAACGGGACUGGAUCUGUGCAGCUCGGUUCCGCCCCUGUUCUCUUUCACGUCCGCAGUUCCCACAUAUAGGCGCCGUUUCCUCCUUCUGAGCCACAUUGUCGCUUCAGGCUUUUCUUGAACGAUACCAACAUGAGCGGCAGAGGAAAAGGAGGCAAAGGUCUCGGUAAAGGAGGCGCCAAGCGGCACCGUAAAGUUCUCCGCGAUAACAUCCAGGGAAUCACCAAGCCCGCUAUCCGCCGUCUGGCUCGCCGCGGGGGAGUCAAGCGGAUCUCCGGUCUCAUCUACGAGGAGACCCGCGGUGUGCUCAAGGUGUUCCUGGAGAACGUCAUCCGUGACGCCGUCACGUACACCGAGCACGCCAAGAGGAAGACCGUCACCGCCAUGGACGUGGUGUACGCUCUGAAGAGGCAGGGCCGCACUCUGUACGGCUUCGGGGGUUAAACCGCUUCUUUACAUAAAUAAAACAAAACGGCCCUUUUAAGGGCCAAACACAUUUCUUUAAGAAGCUGAAUUUCUAUGAAACGUGGCUAACAAGAUCUACACUUGUUGUAUGUAGUUAAUAAAUGAUUAACUCUUAAAGUUAUAUUUCAUUUAUUAACCCUACUUAAAGCAAACGACUUAUUAGUACAAGAAAGGGAAGCUGUAAAACGGGACCAGUAUAUAUAAAGUCCAGGUCCAACAAAUACAACGUAACUAAAAACGUGCAAUCGAUUAAAAUUUGUUCCCAAAGCUAA